AUGCAAAACGAACCACUGGUGAAAGUUGAUGUUGAUGAAACGGAAGACACAGAAUGGAACGACAUUCUGAGGGCGCACGGCGUUAUUCCCCAGCGUGCACCAUCGCCAACAGCACAGCUUGAAGAGGCGCUUGAAGAAGCUCUACUCAAACAGCAGGAGAAUCGUCUAGAAGGAAAAGAUCUCUCAGAUAUUGAAGAGCUAGAGGACGAUGAGGACGAGGAUUUUUUAGAACUCUAUAAGAGGCAAAGAAUGGCCGAAAUUAAAAAAUCACAGGAAAAGGCCAAAUUUGGCCAGGUGUUUCAUGUCAAUAAGCCUGAGUAUAAUAAGGAAAUCACAGAAUGCAGCAUGGGCGCCAAGGGUGAGGAAAAUGGUGGAGUUUUUGUCUUUGUACACAUGUCCCUCAGCAGUAAGCUGCAAAGUAGACUGCUGGCUGACAUUUUCAAUCAGGCUGCUGUGAAAUUCCCACAGGUGAAGUUUGUGGAUAUUCCUGCCAACAGGGCGAUCGAGAAUUAUCCCGAAAAUAAUUGCCCGACAUUGAUCGUGUAUUAUCGUGGAGAGGUUCUUAGAAACUUGGUAACACUUCUCGAGCUCGGUGGCAACGACACUCGAUUGGAUGACCUGGAAAAAUUGAUGGUGAAAGUGGGAGCUGUCGACGAAAAAGAUGAUCGAUUGGUGAUGAACCUAGAUGACGAAGAGGCAAGAGAAGAGAGAUUCACGCAUUACGCUAAGAAAGGUAUCAAAUCCGGCAUAAGAGGUAAGUUUAAUCUUGGUGUUGGAAGUAGCAGUGAAGAUGAGGAUUUCUUCGACUAG